UUAUAUCUCUAGCGACGUGAGCGCCACCUCACAUCUGACAAGAAUAAUGUUGCUAGGUGCACACGAUCCCAACGAAAUUAUCUUUUAUAAAAGUUACCAACAUAACAACGAAAGUACCAAAUCUGUCAAAACUGGCACUAAACGAGCUACUUAUCAAAUCGUCUCGAACAUUCGUGUGAAAACUUGAGUAAAAUUCGUUUCUGCGCAUAAUAUUAAAUCGAACAAAGACUAUGGAUCCGAGCAAAUAUUUCGAAGACCAAAUGAAUCAAGCUUUUCGGAAGCUGGCUACCGACAUCAUUCCGACCGAUGAGACGGCAAAAAAUCGUUGCACUGCCAAUAUUGUUAAGCUGUUGCAAGACAAGAGCCGUUUCAAAAUUGGCCAGGUUUGCAUUGCCGGCAGUGGUGGAAAACGAACGACAAUCUUCAGUUCGGAUGUUGAUUGCGUGUUGUUCAUGAACGAAAUGCGUCCGCCUUUCAAGGAAGUUUUGAACGACUUCUCUGACAUCCUCACGUUGACCGAUUCGUUCAACAUACGGCACGUUCGAACCACCCAAUACACCAUUCAAUUCACGGCGAACGGUUUUGAUUUCGACAUACAGCCGGCAGCCAAUUUUUUCGCCCAUUGCCACGACGAGACCGGUGAUCAUUUGAGCAGCGAACAACAUCGCAGGACGUUGGACAUUAUUAAAGCGGAUCCGGGCAAGUAUGGAUAUUCGUAUUCGGGCUCGUUGGCAAAGGCAACCGUUCAGUUUAUGAAAGAACAGGAUGCGUUCACUCACGAGAUGGUUCGUGUGGCGAAAUUCUGGUACAAGACUUUGUUCUUCGAUGAGUAUGUCAGUGGUGCCAAGAGCGCAAUUGAAUUGGUUGCUGUUUAUGUGGCCGGGAAGGAGCGUAAUUAUGGUUCUGCAUCGCAUUUGAGAUGCUUCGGGCAGGUCCUCAAGUAUCUGCAGAAUUUCGACGAGAUGAACAUCGUGUUCGAAAAUGAAUACAAAUUCGCCGAACAUCAACCGGUCAACGGCAAACGACCGCGUCUCAUCGAUCCGGUGAAUCCAUACAACAAUUUUGCCAGCAAUUGGUCCCGCAAAUCCAUUGAGCUGAUCAAAUGCUAUGCGAAUGAGACAAAUCGUCGACUGCAGAUUCUCGCCGAUGGCAAAAUGGCUCAGUUGAAUGUUCUGUUUGAGCCGCAACCAAUGAUUCUGCCGAUAUUGAGUAAAGUAUUCCCGGAUACUUCACAUCAUCGGUCGCAAUGGCUAGUGGGUGUGAACGAUAACAACUCUUUGCCGGAUCUGAAGGUUCACAACGAGAAAUUUAUGGACGACCCCGUUCGUCGCAUGGGUGUGGAAAUUCUGAAAGAUUAUUUUCGAACUGUGGCGUAUUCAGCGAAGGCAUCACCAAACACCGGCCCAGUGGAAGUAAAAACUGCCAUCGAAAAUUUGAUUUCGAGUCAUGUUCUCAAUCGAAAAGUUUCAUGGACACCAGUAUCCGCUGAAAGGCAUGAAGAUUUCGACGUAACAUUCACUGUUCCAUGUUCAAAUGACAAGGCCGUUCGGAUCAGUUACCGUUUAUAGAUUGAAUUGACGAUAAAG